UAAAGUAUACAACAUUCUGCGCGCGGACGGAAAUCAGUUUCUGGCGAACGAUCACUUUUUGGCACCACACCUGCCUCAGGUGGCUACUUUGCAUAAACGGCAAUAAUGAUUAUUUUAAAAUAUUUGUUUUGGUCAGUAUGUGAGUUGUAUGAUACUUCUUACAUUUAUUUUAACAUUUUUCUCUGAGGUUGCAAAGUUUUUUGUUACUACACUCAAGAAGGCUCUUAAACAGCUAACUGUUGAUAUGCACUCCCGGGACUUUGAUAGCAUAGAUGUCUAUGAGCGCUGAGGCAGCUGCUGCGGUUCCCCUGGGGAAAAAAAUAGCAACAACGCAGCCAUUUUGGGUCGUCUACGAUACAAUCUAAUGGACAGAAAAUGCUUCGGUACUGUGCGUAAUUCUGCGAAGGUCUGUCAUACGACAAAGUCUCUCUCGCGGAGAAUCUCCUCAGUGAGAUAAAGUCCCACCAGGAGCGGCUCUGCGAGUGGUAUCGUUGUUUUCCCGUGAAACUGCCAGACAGCGCUGUCACUCCACACUGCAGCUCACAACCAUUUGCUCCAAGCUUUAUUUUCUUCGAGCAGCCAAUCACGGCACCCGGAGACGCCGCGUCACCGAGGGCGCAUCCAAUCGGCGCAUGCGUCUCACGAGCGAGCGUAGCUGAGCAAAGAUGGCGGCGGGCUCCGAUUUGCUGGAUGAUGUUUUCUUCAACACAGAGGUGGACGAAAAAGUAGUUAGUGAUCUAGUCGGGUCUCUGGAGUGUGAGCUAUCAGGAUCAGGUCGCGUCAGCGCAGCAGUCAAGGUCCAGUCUGCAGCAAAUUACGUCGGCAACCAAGCUAAAGGUAGCAAUUCCAAUGUUCAGGGCAGCAAAAUGGGACUUUCACAACAAGAGCUUGCUAAAGCAGGGACAGGAGUGCAAGGAGGUGUCAUUAACAGUACGGGGUCCCACGGUUCAGGCAUGGAUGGAGCAGUCGGGACCACAUCGGCGGCGGGACAGAGUGUGACAGCCGCUCAGAGUCAGUCCAAGCCGGGGAUAGCUAGCGGAGUCGUUACGGUAGCGUCAGACUCAACAUCUGGUGUUGUGAAACCCGGGACGACUGCUGUGCAAACUUUGAAUGGAAGUACCGUGGUGGUGAACUGUCAUGUCCCCGGAGGCGCGUCUGCUGACAGCAGCGGCCACAACUCGCAGCCCGCCGUCGCGCUUGUCAACAACGGACCCGUGUCUGUGAGCAAAGGGAGCGCGGCGGUCCUGUCCUCAACAGCCAGCACUAUAAUUCGAACUUCCUCGACGAGUGUGCAGAAUGCUGUGAUUUCGGCUCCGUCGUCUGUGAAAAGCGUACCCACAGUCACACUUGUGAGGCCACCUAUGCAAACUCUCACCAUCACCUCACAGAGUGGAGACAACCCGACCGCAGUUUUAACGUCGCCGGCCGUCAGCGUGAGCAGCACGGCGGCUGGCUCUCUCGUCAACAAAACUAUAAUUCAGACUGGUGGACACAUCGUGGCUUCGACCGUUGCGACAGGGACAACCGCGACCAUGAGGAGUCCGACUGUUUUGCAAAGCUUGAGGACUUCAGUGCCGUCAACCAUCGCCGCCACUCCUCCAGGUGGAAUACGAGCUAUCGCCCCGCAGGUUCUGGCCCCUCGACUCGCCCAGCCUCAACAAAACGUCCAGAACAUCCAGCUGCCUCCAGGCAUGGUCUUGGUUCGCAGUGAGAGUGGGCAGCUGCUGAUGAUUCACCAGCAGACCUUGGCUCAGAUGCAGGCUCAGUCGCAGUCCCAGAGCGCCAUGACACCGCGACCCGCAGCCCCCACCAGCACUCCACCUGUCCAGAUCACUUCUCUACAGGCUCCAGGCACAUCCCUCCUCGCUCGUCCGGUUACUCCCACCACCAUUAUUAAACAAGGGUCCACGGUCCAGACCUCUGUGACGGCCACCACCACACUGCAGAGGCCUCCUGUACUGCAGAACACCAUCAUGCUGGGAGGAACUGCCACCACCCCGGGACAGCCGAUAGCAACGCCCGCCACAGUACAGCCUGGAUCUGCAGCCACAGCAGUAACACAGAGGGUAGGGCCUCUCGGGGCCACUGGGACCCCUGUCACUCCAACAGCUAUCACAGCUGAGACACUGGAAAAUGUGAAAAAGUGUAGAAACUUUCUGUCAACAUUGAUCAAGCUGGCCAGUGGAAAACAGUCCUCUGAGACCACUGCCAAUGUCAAAGAGCUGGUGAAGAACCUGCUGGAAGCCAAGAUAGAGCCUGAAGAUUUCACCAGUAGGUUAUACCAGGAGCUCAACUCCUCACCGCAGCCAUACCUUGUGCCUUUCCUGAAGAGAAGUCUCCCAGCGCUGCGUCAGAUGACCCCAGACUCAGAGGCCUUCAUCCAGCAGAGCCUGCUUCCUCAGCCCAGCACUCCAGCAGCAGCAGCAGCCUCCACGGCCCUCACCGCGGUGGUGCUGCGACCUCCCCUCUCCACCGCCGCCACUACGGCUACCAGCACUGCCGCAACCAAAACCACAGUUAUCAGCCUCACUCAGACACCUCACUCUAAACCUGGAAUGAUAGUACCCCAGCAACAGGGGACAAUAGCAAGGCCACAGGUGACCCUGGCUCAGUCUCCCAUGGUAACACUGAGAGGACAAUCUCAUAGCCGCAUUAUUGUGGGCCAGCCGCAGGUUGUCAAACAACUGCAGACAGCGGUGAAGCAGACGUUGGUUCCAGGGGCCAAAGGAGUUCAAAUCGUCAGUCAGGCCUCUCUCACUGCUGCUCAGAAGAACAAGCUGAAGGAAGCAGGAGGAGGAACCUUCAGGGAUGAUGAUGAUAUCAAUGAUGUGGCCUCUAUGGCAGGAGUGAACCUGUCAGAGGAGAGCGCACGUAUCUUAGCAACCAACUCUGAGCUUGUUGGCACGGUCACCCGUUCCUGUAAGGAUGAGACCUUCCUUUCCACCUCGUCACUCACCCGGAGAGCACUGGAGAUCGGUAAGAAGUUUGGCAUCAGCGAGUUGGGCACAGACGUGAUCAACUACAUUUCCCAUGCUACGCAGCAGCGGCUACAAAACCUGCUGGAAAAAGUUUCACAAGUGGCACAGCAGAAGAACAUAAACUUAAAGGAGGAUGCGCGGUACGAGCAGGUCGGCGACGUGCGAGCUCAGCUUAAAUUCUUCGAACAGCUAGAUCAGAUGGAAAAGCAAAGGAAGGAAGAGCAGGAGAGAGAGAUUCUCUUGAAGGCUGCCAAGUCUCGGUCAAGGCAAGAAGACCCUGAGCAGCUCAGACUUAAACAGAAGGCCAAGGAGAUGCAGCAGCAGGAGCUGGCUCAGAUCAGACAGAGAGAAGCCAACCUAACUGCGUUGGCAGCGAUCGGCCCGAGGAAAAAGCGGAAAAUGGACUCUCCUGUUAGGGGUGCCAGUGCAGAGGGCUCAGGGUCAGGCCCCUCCCAGCCUGGAGGCUCCAGUGGAGCAGGCUCCAGACAGUUUAUGCGACAGCGCAUCACCAGAGUCAACCUCAGGGACUUGCUCUUCUGUCUGGAGAAUGAAAGGGGGACCAGUCACUCACAACUGCUGUAUAAAGGAUUCCUUAAAUAGCACCCGCUUAUAGAAUGACAGUGGCAUUCAGGAAGCAGAGUUGACCGUCAUUUCAGACCCUUUCUGUCGGUACUCUCUUUGAUCACCUGCUGCAGAAUGAUGAGACGUCAUACUGUGGGGAGAGAAUUAUCUGGAACACUGAAAGGACGUCAGCUUUUAAAAGCCUCUUAAAGCACAGACCUUUUUGUAUUUUCAGCGAGGAGGUGGAGUGAAAUAUUGGAACUCCCGACCACACUUCAGUCAUGCACUGCCUCAUGCUGCACACACAAAAAAAGUCUUUUUAAUGAACUGAAUACUUCCAAUCUGAUAACCUUGUCAGGGUCAUUUCACUGGCAUCCGUUUUGUAGCAGCGACUCUUGGUGACGUGGUUUUAGAUUAACGUGUGACGUUCAGGUGCGACAGCAACAUUUUACAAAACUGCAGUAUUGCUAAUUUUCUUAACCAUGUCGACAUAAACACUCUGUUUAUUUAAGUUCCUUACAGAGAUUUAAAUCUAUUACAUUUAUACUAUAUUUUAUCACUGUUUUAAUGCCUAUGGAUUGUUUUACAGAGACUAAUCAAUAGUCUUGUCAUCUGCUGAGUUGCCUUCUUACCAAAUGAAGCCAUAUGGAUUAGAAUGUGUUGAUCAACUUCAGUAACUUCACCUGUCCAACAGUUCUCUCCAGGUUUGUAGUAUGUGUGUGUUUUAUUGUUUUGUUACACACCUCUGUCUUAGUUGAUUGUAAAAAAAAAAAGGUUUUUGUAUGUCAGGAGUUUAAUAUUUGAACUCUCGCCACUAUAGCACUUACACCUGUGAGAGUUUUGGAUGCGGCAGUUUAAUGCAAAUUUAUGUUUUUAUUUAUGUUAUAGCACAUGUGAUAUACAGGCUACGUAGACUUUAUACCUUCUUCCCCCCACCUCCUGAGCAGUCAGCAGUUAUAACUUCCUCAGUGAGGAUGUUGUUAUUUGUUACUUAAAUGUUGCAUGUCCUGAUUUAAAAAGUUCAAAGUAUACUGAAAUACACAAAAAAAUGAAAACAGUAUGGUGGAAUUGGCUUUGUGUUAGACUUUAAUAAUAUCACCACAAAGGAAAGCUUUCAAGUCAUUUUCCAGCCUUUCAUUACUGUCACCCAAAGAGCUACAGACUUUAACAGAAGUACUUUCUGACAAAUAUCUUUUUCGCAGGGCGUUUUCUGGUAUUGAUCGCCUUCUGGAGAACAUUAUGGCCUUUGCGUAGUAUACCAGAGUGGCUGUCUGAUGGUACUUAAAGGUCCAGUGUUGAGAAUGUAGGAGCCUCUGUUGGCAGACACUGGACACAAUUUUCAUAAUAAUGUAUUUCCAAGUGUAAAACAUCUGAAAAUAGUAAUCAUUGUGUUUUUGUAACCUUAGAAUGAGCCCUUUGUAUCUGCAGAGGGUAAGGGAAGGAGUGUUGAGUUAAAUCCUCAAAUUGGAUCUUUAAAAAAAAAGUCCAAAACUAGUUUGAUAUGAAUUAGAAACAAGGUGGUUGUUUAUAAUGUGAAGGAUCCAGGGUCUGCAGGCCCAUGUGCUAUAAUGUGAAUUUAAAAGCAGUGGAGUUUAUCGAACUGAAUCCCAACAAUGUUAUUGCUUGCAGUCAUUUAGGAGAAUCAAACAUAUUCCACAUUUUUAUAUAUUUAUGAAUGAUAUAGGGUCGUGUUGAGUAAACAGUGGCGUGAGAUGCAGAGCGAGGGCGGCACUUUGACAGAUCAGUUUUCUAAAAGCGGUCGAUCAGACGAACAUACCCACUUUAUAACUUUUUAUAUUUUUAGUGCACAUUCUGAUUUUGAUCUUUAUACCUUUUAUCAUUUUAUGAAAGAAUGUUUAUCUGCAAAUUUUAUUACUGUACAUAAUUAGGUUUGCUAUUUGUAGAUUUAUCAGUUGACAACUUCUAAUGAAGCAAGUUUGUCGUAUUUUUCAUACAUGAAGAUAUGUGGGAAAUAAGACAAAUAUAUGCUUUCUUGCCAAUAUCUUGUACAUUUUGCACAGCCUCUUGUUUAUAUGUAAAUAUCUGAAUCUAAAAAAAGUUUUUAAUUGCUAUUUUACAAUGGAUUGAGAGAGAAUGAUCUCUAAUAAAACAGAAAAAAAGAACAA